UUCUCUGGUCCGGAAAAGCAGCGAGUUGCAUUUAAACGCAACGCCUGAAAAGAGUGAAGGAGGAGGAAGGAGGAUGAUGGGAGCGAAUAUUACUCCCUUCAAGUGACCCACAUCUUGCAGAAGACCCAGAUAUUAUCUAGGCUAGAUCUUGUUCUCGAGGAUUUUUCUCCACCAAGAUGUCUGCGUCGGCGAUAUUUAUCCUUGACCUGAAGGGAAAGGUGCUAAUCUGCCGGAACUACAUGGGGAACAUGGACAUGAAUGAAAUCGACCACUUCAUGCCCAUCCUGAUGAAGAGAGAAGAGGAGGCCGAGAUGACACCCAUGAUCAGCCACGGCUCCUCACACUUCCUGUGGAUCAAACACAGCAACCUUUACUUGGUGGCGAUGACUAAGAAGAAUGCCAACGCUGCUCUGGUGUACUCUUUUCUUUAUAAAAUUGUCCAGGUCUUUAAGGAGUACUUCAAGGAGCUUGAGGAGGAGAGCAUCCGUGACAACUUUGUGACAGUGUACGAGCUGAUGGACGAAGUGAUGGACUUCGGUUUCCCUCAGACGACUGACAGCAAGAUCCUACAAGAGUACAUCACCCAGGAGGGUCAUAAAUUAGAGGUUGGAGCUCCUCGACCUCCUGCCACCGUCACUAAUGCGGUAUCAUGGCGCUCAGAGGGCAUCAAGUACAGGAAGAAUGAAGUUUUCAUGGAUGUCAUUGAGUCAGUAAAUCUACUGGUGAGCGCCAACGGCAGCGUCCUGCGCAGUGAAAUAGUGGGCACCAUCAAGCUCAAAGUGGUCCUGUCGGGGAUGCCUGAACUCAGAUUGGGCCUCAAUGACAAAGUGCUGUUUGAAAUCACAGGCAGAGAGAAGAGUAAGACGGUGGAGCUGGAGGAUGUGAAGUUCCAUCAGUGUGUCCGUCUGUCACGCUUCGAAAACGACCGCACCAUCUCUUUUAUCCCCCCGGAUGGCGAGAGCGAGCUCAUGUCCUACCGCCUCAACACUACAGUGAAGCCUCUCAUAUGGAUAGAAAGCGUGAUUGAGAAGUUCUCUCACAGCCGUGUGGAGAUCAAGGUGAAGGCUCGGAGUCAGUUUAAGAGCCGGUCCACUGCCAACAACGUGUCCAUUCUGGUGCCAGUGCCCAGUGAUGCUGACUCACCCAAGUUCAAGACGAGCACAGGCAGCACCAAGUGGGUGCCUGAGAAGAACGUGGUGCAAUGGAACAUCAAGUCUUUCCCUGGUGGUAAGGAGUACUUGAUGCGGGCGCACUUUGGGCUACCCAGUGUGGAGAGCGAAGAGCUGGAUGCAAAGAGACCAAUUACAGUUAACUUUGAGAUCCCCUAUUUCACUGUGUCUGGGAUUCAGGUGCGUUACCUCAAGAUCAUCGAGAAGAGCGGUUACCAGGCGUUACCAUGGGUGCGCUACAUCACACAGAGUGGAGAUUACCAGCUCCGGACAAACUAAAGGGCACAGAUGCUGCUAGAUGAAUGGAUAUUUUCUCUCUCUGUCUGUCUUCUCCUUUCCUCUCCUCUCCCCUCCUCUCUGUUUCUCCGAUCUCCCUGUCUGCAAUGGACGGCAGAGGACAAGUGAAGGAGGACACAUGAAAUUUUUUCCUACUCUACAUGAAAACAAGACAUCAUCUCUUCCUCCAAGACAUUCCCAACUCUGAUGGGAAAGGCUGUUGCAUCACCUUUGACUUGACUUGAUUUUUUUUUUUUUUUUCAAGAGUUCCUCAGGACUCCGGUAAACAUUUUAAUAUGUGUAAAAUGAACUGAUGAUUUGUGACGCCUUUUGGUUCUGGCAAGCUCUCAUUUCCCUCUUUUUUAAUGUGAAGUCCUUCUGGGUUAAUUUGGAGUAGAUUUUUUUUAUUUGUAACCAUGUUUUCCUCAGAAAAAUUUGAAUUGAUAGUGCCAAUACAUAGUAAGUGUGAUGAGUCAUUUUUAUUUCUCAGAGGGCCAUAACAUUGCAUUACUUUGCUGAUUUUUCAAAAUCAAAAGUUUGACAUUGUCAGCUUCUUUAACUGCACAGGUUUUUAUACCUCAUAUGUUUUGUUCCCAGUACCCACUUUAUUAUUCAUACGCAGUACAUUUUAGCUCAGCUAUUUAUCUUGUCCCCUCUGAAAGGCAUAUGUUUUGCCAGAACCUCUAUAUUAUAUGUUCAUUGCCUUAAAAACUUGCCUCUGUAUCUUCACCUAUUGCACUGUGAAUAUAAUCCCCAGUGCACCGAAACUAACACCAGCGACCAGAUCAAUGAUUAAUAAGGCACAAUAUUGUCAGAGGUGUUGGCGGUGCAACAUAAUACCACCGACGCACUCCCAUGUGGCCUGUAACCUUGUCCUUGUGCACGAAAUCAGCUUGCAGCUCUGAAGGAAUGAGCAUGAUGCUGAAUUUUUUGUCAUAUUUUUAUCUGUUGUACUAGUUAAGUCUCCUGUGGAAAAUGUUUGAAGGAAGAAAGAAGGUUGGGAGGGGUAAAAUAACCUGAAGGAAUUUCUUUGGAGAGUCAGAGAAUAUUGACAAUAUGUUGAGGUAAUUGUUUCUCCAUGACUCUAUUUUUUUCAUAUGUGGACCUCUGCGUGCCCACAUAUGUCUUCAAAGCAGUCUGUGUGGGUAACUCACUCCCUCUGUUGUGCAUGCACUGCAGCACAUCAGUUCAGCUGCACUGAAGUCCUGUGUCGAUUCAUUGCAUCUUCACUGUUAAGAACAACAUCUUCUAUCACAAUCAUUAUGUUGUCUUGUGUUGAGACAUUUUUCAGAUACCAAUGAGGAUUUUUAGUGUGUGCGUGUUAUUAUGUGUUGUCAUUAAUUUAUCACCUACCAUUUGUCAAUAGGGAGCAAAGGGAUAUAUUUGGAAAUAAACAUUCUUUUGUACCUUGA